AUGGGAGUCCACAAAUACUGGCAAGGGGAGGAGCUUGCCCUUCCUCUGAAAUUUUGCCUACCUCUCGCUCCCUGCCCGCUGCCCCAGAUUGCUGUUAAAAUCCAAGAUGGCCAUGUAUUUCACUGUGGAAAGCACAACCAUCUUGGAUUUGUUACAGAUACCAGGCACAGAGAUAGUGAGGCAAGCAGUGUGGGAACAGCAGGAAAGAAGAAGUUUGGGGUUACUGGGCCAGGACAAACGUACAAUUUGAAAUGUUUGCCUUAUUGGUUGUAUAGAGCACCCCUGAAAGUAAAACAGACGGUAGAGAUCUGGUAUUUGUUCUCAUUCCCUCCUUUAUUCUCUAUUGCAGUGUGUGCCGGCACAGACAACAAGCUGAGUUCCUUGUCAGAUUUGGAGCAGCAGUACAAAGCGCUACGCAAGUAUUAUGAAAAUUGUGAAGUAGUGAUGGGAAACUUGGAGAUCACCAGCAUUGAGCAUGGACGCAACCUCAGCUUUCUCCGGUCAAUUCGAGAAGUCACUGGCUAUGUCCUUGUGGCCCUCAAUCAGUUUGACUACCUUCCACUUGAGAAUCUCCGCAUCAUCCGGGGAAUUAAACUGUACGAGGACCGCUAUGCCCUGGCCAUUUUUCUGAACUACCGCAAAGAUGGGAAUUAUGGACUGAGAGAACUGGGUCUAAGGAAUUUGACAGAGAUCCUGAAUGGAGGAGUAUACCUUGGACAGAAUAAGUUCCUUUGCUAUGCUGAUACUAUCCACUGGCAAGAUAUUGUACGCACUCCGAAUGCUACAUUGGUCCCGAUGGCCAGCAAUGCAGAAUGUGGGAGGUGUCCAAAGUCAUGUAUGGGACGCUGCUGGGGUCCAUCAGAUCAGCAUUGCCAGAGAUUGACGAAGACUGUGUGCGCAGAACAAUGUGAUGGCCGAUGCUAUGGUUCUUAUGUUAGUGAUUGCUGUCACCGGGAAUGUGCUGGAGGCUGUACAGGACCAAAAGACACUGACUGCUUUUCCUGUAUGAAAUUUAACGACAGCGGUUCUUGCGUCACCCAGUGUCCUCAGCCAAAUAUUUACAAUCCGACUGCCUUCCAGCUGGAGCAAAACCCAAAGGCCAAGUAUACCUAUGGAGCUUUCUGUGUCAACAAGUGCCCACAUAACUUUGUUGUGGAUGACAGCUCCUGUGUACGAGCCUGCCCAAGCAACAAGAUGGAAGUGGAAGAAAAUGGAAUCAAGAUGUGUAAGCCUUGUGCGGGCAUCUGUCCAAAAGUGUGUGACGGGAUUGGGACUGGGUCCUUGCAAUCAGCGCAGACGGUGGAUUCCAGCAACAUAGACAAAUUCGUAAACUGUACGAAGAUCAAUGGCAAUCUGCAUUUCCUGGUCACAGGCAUUGAUGGGGAUCCCUACCACAACAUAGCUGCGCUAGACCCUCAAAAACUAAACAUCUUUAGUACAGUUCGAGAGAUUACAGGUUUCCUAAACAUACAGUCUUGGCCCAAAAAUAUGACGGACCUCAGUGUCUUUUCCAACCUGGUGAAUAUAGGGGGCAGAGUGCUCUACAGUGGUAUUUCCCUGCUGAUUCUAAAGCAGCAGAGCCUCAACUCUCUACAGUUUCAGUCUCUCAAAGAGAUCAGUGCUGGGAAUGUAUAUAUCACAGAUAAUCCCAAUCUAUGCUAUUACCAUACCGUCAACUGGACAUCACUCUUCCGGACAUCCAACCAGAGAACCACUAUCCGAGAGAACAAGAAGUCAGAAAACUGCACUGCCGAAGGAAUGGUUUGUGACCCUUUCUGCUCUAAUAUUGGGUGCUGGGGUCCCGGAGCCAAUCAGUGCCUGUCCUGUCGAUAUUUCAGUCGAGGAAAGUCAUGUGUCAGAUCCUGCAACCUUUAUAAAGGAGAGUCCCGAGAAUUUGCCAAUGGCUCUGUCUGUGUGAAGUGUGACCCCCAAUGUGAGAAGAUCGACGAGGGCAUGGCCACCUGCUAUGGGGCGGGCCCAGAUCACUGCACAAAAUGCUCCAGUUUUAAAGAUGGCCCUAACUGCGUGGAGAAAUGCCCUGAAGGUCUCCAAGGGGCAAACAGCUUCAUCUUUAAAUAUGCAGAUGAGGACAAAGAGUGCCAUCCCUGCCACCCUAACUGCACAGACGGGUGUAGAGGACCACGUUUGAAGGACUGCAUCGGAAUCAUAGAUAGGACUCCUCUGAUCGCUGCCAGUGUUAUUGGAGGGCUCUUCAUUAUAGUUAUCAUGGCACUGACCUUUGCCGUGUACAUUCGGAGGAAAAGCAUCAAAAAGAAGAGAGCUCUGCGCAGAUUCCUUGAAACUGAGUUAGUAGAACCACUGACACCAAGUGGCACUGCCCCAAAUCAAGCCCAGCUAAGAAUUCUAAAGGAAACAGAACUGAAAAGGAUAAAAAUUCUAGGAUCUGGUGCGUUUGGAACUGUCUACAAGGGCAUCUGGGUUCCUGAAGGGGAAACUGUGAAGAUCCCGGUGGCAAUUAAAAUACUAAAUGAGACAACUGGACCUAAAGCAAAUGCCGAAUUUAUGGAUGAGGCUUUGAUUAUGGCCAGCAUGGACCAUCCACACCUGGUGCGACUUCUGGGCGUCUCUUUAAGUCCAACAAUUCAGCUUGUCACGCAGUUGAUGCCCCAUGGAUGCCUGCUGGACUAUGUGCAUGAACAUAAGGAUAACAUUGGUUCACAACUCCUUCUUAAUUGGUGUGUCCAGAUAGCAAAGGGCAUGAUGUAUCUGGAAGAAAGACGACUGGUUCACAGAGAUCUGGCAGCUCGAAAUGUUCUGGUCAAGUCUCCCAACCAUGUGAAGAUCACAGACUUUGGACUGGCACGACUUCUGGAAGGAGAUGAGAAAGAAUAUAAUGCAGAUGGCGGCAAGAUGCCAAUUAAAUGGAUGGCCUUAGAGUGUAUUCAUUACAGGAAGUUCACCCAUCAGAGUGAUGUCUGGAGCUAUGGUGUCACUGUCUGGGAGCUAAUGACAUUUGGUGGAAAACCCUAUGAUGGUAUCCCAACACGGGAAAUCCCUGACUUGCUGGAAAAAGGAGAAAGACUUCCUCAGCCACCUGUCUGCACAAUUGAUGUCUACAUGGUUAUGGUGAAAUGCUGGAUGAUCGACGCAGAUAGCCGCCCUAAGUUUAAGGAACUUGCUGCUGAAUUUUCCCGGAUGGCAAGAGACCCUCAGAGAUACCUUGUCAUACAAGGAGAUGAUCGGAUGAAACUCCCCAACCCCAAUGACAGCAAGUUCUUCAAAAACCUUUUGAAUGAAGAAGACCUUGGAGACAUGAUGGAUGCAGAGGAAUAUCUAGUGCCACAGGCCUUCAAUAUCCCGCCUCCCAUCUACACAUCCCGGACCAGAAUCGACUCCAAUAGAAGUGAAAUUGGACACAGCCCUCCUCCUGCUUACACCCCUAUGUCAGGAAACCAGUUUGUUUAUAGAGAUGGAGGCUAUACCACUCAAGAAGCAGUGAAUCUUCCCUUCAGACCCACUGCCUGCCCCAUAACAGAAGUUCCGACAGCACAGGGGGCUACAGCUGAAGUAUUUGAUGAUGUUUGUUGCAAUGGCACACUUCGCAAACAGAUUUCAGAGCGUAUACCAGAGGAGAGCAGCCUGCAGAGAUAUAGUGCUGACCCCACUGCAUUUGUGCCAGAGCGUAACCCCAGAGGGGUUGUUGGGGAAGAUGGCUAUAUGACUCCCAUAAAGGAAAAGCCGAAGUCUGAUUAUUUAAACCCAGUUGAAGAAAAUCCCUUUGUGUCUCGAAGGAAAAAUGGGGAUGUCCAAGCUGUUGAGAAACCUGAGUAUAAUAAUGGGACCAGCACACAGUCCAAGUCAGAAGAUGAAUAUGUCAAAGAGCGUUUGUAUUUGAACUCUUUUGCUAAAUCCAAGGAAAAUGCAGAGUACCUGAAAAAUAAUGGACUUACUGUGCCAGAGAAAUCCAAGAAGGCAUUUGAUAAUCCAGAAUACUGGAAUCACAGUCUGCCACCAAGGAGCACCAUUCAUCAUCCAGAUUACCUGCAUGAAUACAGCACAAAAUACUUUUAUAAGCAAAAUGGACGGAUCAGACCAGUGGUAGCAGAAAAUCCAGAAUACCUGACAGAAUUUACUCUGAAACCAGGCACUGUUCUGCCCCCUCCUCCCUAUAGGCACCGGAACACUGUUGUGUAGGAUUUACAGUAUUAAGGGGACAGGGAGGUAUCCCUCCCCCAUAUCUUGGAUUCGUUGAGUCCUCCCUCCCUAUUAGCCACCUUACUUCCUCGGGUGUGCUUCCUCUCCAUGCCAGAUCCCUCCCAUUGGAAGGUGAAAGGAUGUUCUAGGCUUCUUCUGUUAUUUAUAAUGUAGCACACAUAAUAAGGUGAAAAAAGAUACGUUUCUUUUUAAGUUGACUGGAGUACUAGAGAAACAAAGAGAGCCCACUGGAAGAUAAAAAACAAUGGAAGUAGCAGUUCAUGAUAGAUCACCUUUAAAGUUUUUAUUGUGGCUGCAUAGAAAUCCAUGUUUAUAUUUUGUGGUUGUCAGCUCAGUUCAGUAUUUUUUGUUUUUUUUUUUGGUUAUAAAAUUUUAGAUUUUUCAGAACAGAUAUGCAGCAGAGCAUAUGCCAUAUGUGAUUAAAACCUCAGCAUCUAAAGGCUGUGGGGUGAAAACCAGUAGUAAAGAGCAUUUGAAUUCCCUGUUUAUGAUAGACUAGAAAGAAAUGUAAGUGGAUAGCUGGCUUUUAUGCUGCUUGUUUUUUUCUUUGUUUUUUUUUUUUAAAUUAUACCUCUUGGAAGGCAAAAUGGAUAGUAUCACUUCCCAGCACAAUUAAAAUAUAACUACAUAUCAUACACUCAAUGAACCAGCUACUGUAAUUUAUGGUUUAAAGGUGAUUGUGUCAAGUUCUGCUUUAAGAUCAAAUAAAACUGGGAAAUAGCUAGUAGACUCAUUGACCCAUUAGUGAGGCAGAUCCCUCCAAUGGAUCCUAAUGAUGUUUGAAAAUACAAUAUGGUUUGAAGAACCAGGAGUUAUCGAUGUAUGCUCAUCUCCAAUCAAUUGCCCUUUGGAAUAUGAAACAGUCAGCAUAUGAUCCUUUAAAAUUGCAGUCAGUGCCUAAAAGUGAAAGAUGCAAAUAUAAGCAAACAAUUGUAAAACUGCAUUUAAUCCUAGAAGCCCGAACAGCUGUGCUUUUGAUGAUGCUCUUCAGUCCCAACACUGAUGCCAAGUUAUGACGUGCAAAUGAGGCUGUGAUUGCCUGUCUGUGAUUGCCCACCAUUUCUUUGUUGGUUCCAUUCAAAAUACAUAAAAGUGUAUUCCACCACCCAGCACACUACUUUGUAAGUUCUGCAGAAGGAAAAUAAAACAAACAAGCAAGUUUCAGCAGUGGCUGCUAACAUUCAUGUUUGUUGAUAUAGAGCUCAUCAUUUCAAUGUGCUAAUGUCAAGAUUGACUGCACCAACUAACAAUGAGAAAAGACAGAUUUUGGAAAAGUUAUCAAAAAAACAAUAUAUUUGUUCUCUUGGAAGCUGAUGCAUGGUAACUUUGGGCUGGCCAAUGGGGAGUUCCACAGAUGAACUGUAAGGAAGAAUUAAUACAGCAGGGAAUUGCAGACUUUAGUCUAGAAAGUCGGUUUUGCACUUAAGAUGUACUUCUCUUUUUCCUUGUUACAGACUGUUUUUGAUUUUUUUCUGUUUUUUAAUGUUAUUUUUGGAUUUUGAAUGAAGCAAUAUGAAAGCAACCAGCAGAAUCAAAAGAUAUACAGAAAAGACUUCAGAUUUGCAAAAACAAGAUGAACAUUUGCUGUAAACAGGUCACGAUAAGUUUCUUUGGAUAUAAGCUAUAGAAAAACAUGUAGCAUUAGCAGCUUAGGGAAAGCAAAUGGUCAGUAGAAGUUAAAAAAUGGUCAUUUGCUUGAAUGAAAUGUGUGAGUGAAAAUAUGAAAGCUCGGAUACAUAACUGAUUUUAUCCAGAAAGUCCCCAACCCCAAACAUUUGCUCUAUGACUUUGUGGCACAGCUGGAAUUUACCAUUAUUGUAGACACUGGGGUCAUGUCAAGUCAAUAUGGAUCGUUCCACAAUUCACCAUUCUUUCUUUUAUUUUGUUUUUAUUUGAAGUGCUGCUACAUUAUCAGUGUCUAUUGUUUUCUAACCUGAUGUUUCAAUAGCUAAGCAUUAUUAAACUGUGCGUAAUGAUUUCAAGCUUUAUGGUAUAUAUAAGUUGCAUUUGAGGUAAUUUUGAGCUAAUAAUAAAUGUAAGAUUGAGUAGAAGUAGACAGGUCUUCUUAAUCACUCAGCGCUCCUGAGAUCUUCAAAACAUUGAAUUCCUUAUAUGAUAAAUCCAUUUUUUGACCCAAGGGAUAUCAAAUAUUAUUAUUAGGAAGAUUCACAUGCUGUACACAGUGACCAAUGGAAUAUGGCACUUUCAUUAAGUUCUAUAUUUAGGAUAUAAAGUAUUACAAUUGGAUCCUGUUAUGUUGUGGGCCAAUUAUAUCGAUUUUUCUGACUGGAAUCACUCCCAGGAGAGAACAUACCAACAUUACAUAUAUUACUUACUGUACCACAAGCAUUAAUCAAUACACAUAUCAGAACAAAUAUGAGACAAGGGUUUAAUUGUGAGACUUAAUCUGUUUUCUGAGAAGCACAGAACUGUAAAUACUUCUCUUGAUUUCCUAUUUGUGUGUUUCCUUUAUAAAUAGUCAUCUCUUAUUUUGCCAAUAUCCAUCUCAUAUUUUGCCAAGUGAAUCAAGUUAUGUUGUACAUAUUUACCUUGGUGUAGCUUGGGUGGAAUUUUAAGCAACUAAAGAGAUAUACAAGGGCCAUUUGUACAGACAAAUUCAGCACAGUAUUACAAGUUAAGCUAUAAAUGAGUGUUUAUAAGCUGAUCAUUGUGAUUUUUAUUUUUUUCAUUUAAAAAAUGGAGAACUACUGAUGGACAGAUGUGUGAGUGAAUUACAUUAUUAUAUAAAAUGUUGCUCACAUUUUAAGGAUCCCCAUUCUCUGUCAAAAACCAGAGCCAUAUUGUUGCCAAGAAUUUCUUUUUAAUUAGGCAAGUGUUACGUAAGCCUAUAAAACCAGUUGUUUUGCAGUAGGCUGUUUCCAUGUUUGCUUCCUGUCUUAAAGGGAAGGAUUAGCCAACUUGAGUUGUGCUGUGGAACAAACCUGGUCUUAAACCUAAAAAAUAUACAGGGUUUGGUUUUAUCUUAACCCUAAUCUUAUCAAAGGGAAUAUACACUGAGAAGUUCCAGAAAUUCAAAGGCCUGCGGCCUGCAUAGAUGUUUACAUAUGAAUAUAUAAUUUGUCCAUUGGGACAGUAAUGCUGAUGGUGAAUGAGAGCAAGACCUAUGAUGAAGAUCUUUAUAUCUGUGAAUUUGGAUGUCCCCAAAGUGUAAAUCAACUUUACUUUACUAACAUGGAAUUAAAAAAUAACUUCAAGGCCCUAUGUUGCCAGAAUUUUUUUUUUGUUUUUACUUCAGUGCAUAUCAUCUCUAUUAAUUUGCCCGCCUAGUUUUACUAACAACUAAGACUGUCAGGCUCAAGUGGGAUCUAAGCUUUUCAAGAACGGAACUCCCUUGAAAGUUGAUGCUGAGCUCAGGGUUUCUUAUCAAUGUUUAAAGACUUCAUACAAAAUUAGAAGGAUGAACUGUUUCAGUCAGCAGUCAAAAUCAGAAAAGAUCCAUCCAACAUUUGAAUGCAUCAUGAUCUGGGUCUACAGAUGAUUUUAAUGUAAAUCAUUCUCAUAAAAAGUGGUAUAAUGAAUGUAAUAUGGGGCGAUUGUUAUUAGUCCUUUCUCUUUUGGUGGACAAUGCAAUGAACUUGAUCGCAAACUAUUUCCGGUUGAAAGGCAUUAGAAUAAGCGGGUGUGUUAAGAAGGGCAGCUAUGUAUGAAAGCACCUGGUCAAGGUCACAGAGUAAUCCUUCUGUAUCACCUUUUGGGCUUGUGUUUCAAGGCAGAGAAUGUUGGCCUUCCAUAUCAGUCAGCUUUAGCAUCCCUGUCACAGCGAUACCCAUGCUCAUGCUGUAAGUGUAUUGUGGAAAGAUUGAAUUAGGAAUUCAUUUUUGUGGCCCAGGAAUAUAAAAUAAACUUGGCAGCAAGAUAACUAAAUAUUUGUAAAAAAAAAAAAAAAAUAGUGUUUUAU